GAGGCUCGGACUGGAGGGGCUCCUUGGCGUCGACCGCUGCCGCCUUCUCCUCUUUCCCGCCUCCCCUUCAUGAGUCUCAAGUUUGAGCUGGCAAGAGACGGGGAAGGCAAGAAGCAGCAGCCUGGCUAGGGAGGCUCGGCAAGCGGCGGCGAGAGGGGCAGCGGCAGCAGCUGGCGCCGGCCAAGUAUGGCUGAGAAGUGGGCAGUGCAAGUUUGCAGCGGGGCGGCGGCGGCGGCGGGAGCGACCACCACGGCGGGCGGCCGAGGUAGCGGGCGCCCUGGCCGGCUGCUGCUGGUGCUGCGGCUGGCGGUGCUGCUGCUGCUCUGGGCGGAGGCUCCGGUGCUUCCCGCGCGGGGCCAGGCGCAGCAGCAGCAGCAGCAAUACAACGGCGAGCGGGGCAUCUCGGUGCCGGACCACGGCUACUGCCAGCCCAUCACCAUCCCGCUGUGCACGGACAUCGCCUACAACCAGACCAUCAUGCCCAACUUGCUGGGCCACACCAACCAGGAGGACGCCGGCCUGGAAGUGCACCAGUUCUACCCGCUCGUCAAGGUGCAGUGCUCCGCCGAGCUCAAGUUCUUCCUGUGCUCCAUGUACGCGCCCGUCUGCACCGUGCUGGAGCAAGCGCUGCCGCCCUGCCGCUCCCUCUGCGAGCGGGCGCGCCAGGGCUGCGAGGCGCUCAUGAACAAGUUCGGCUUCCAGUGGCCCGACACGCUACGCUGCGAGAAGUUCCCCGUGCACGGCGCCGGAGAGCUCUGCGUGGGCCAGAACACCUCCGAGCGCGGCACGCCCACCCCCUCGCUGGGCCCUGAGUUCUGGACCAGCAACCCCCAGCAGCUGCGGCCCGGGGGCGCCGCCGGAGGGGGAGGGAGCCAUCUAGCGGAGAGGGCCGGGAGGUUUACCUGCCCCCGGGGCCUCAAGGUGCCUUCCUACCUCAACUACCGCUUCCUGGGCGAGAAGGAUUGUGGGGCCCCCUGCGAGCCUGGCCGCCCUUAUGGGCUCAUGUACUUUGGGCAGGAGGAGCUGCGCUUCUCGCGCACCUGGAUCGGCAUCUGGUCGGUGCUGUGCUGCGCCUCCACCCUCUUUACGGUGCUGACCUACCUGGUGGACAUGAAGCGCUUCAGUUACCCAGAGAGGCCCAUCAUCUUCCUCUCGGGGUGCUACACUGCCGUGGCUGUAGCCUACAUCGUGGGCUUCCUGCUGGAGGAGAAGGUGGUCUGCAAUGAGCGCUUCUCUGAGGAUGGCUCGUGGACGGUGGCCCAGGGCACCAAGCGUGAGGGGUGCACCAUCCUCUUCAUGAUGCUGUAUUUCUUCGGCAUGGCCAGCUCCAUCUGGUGGGUCAUCCUCUCCCUCACCUGGUUCCUGGCUGCUGGCAUGAAGUGGGGCCAUGAAGCCAUUGAAGCCAACUCCCAGUACUUCCAUCUGGCUGCCUGGGCUGUGCCUGCUAUCAAAACCAUCACUAUCUUGGCCUUGGGGCAGGUAGAUGGAGAUGUGCUUAGUGGCGUCUGCUUUGUGGGCAUCAACAAUGUGGAUGCCUUGCGGGGCUUUGUGCUGGCUCCUUUAUUUGUUUACUUGUUCAUUGGCACCUCCUUCCUGCUGGCUGGAUUUGUGUCCCUCUUCAGAAUUAGGACCAUCAUGAAGCAUGAUGGUACCAAGACAGAAAAACUGGAGAAGCUGAUGGUGAGGAUAGGGAUCUUCAGCGUCCUCUACACAGUACCUGCCACCAUUGUAAUUGCCUGCUAUUUUUAUGAGCAAGCUUUUCGGGAACAGUGGGAAAAGAGUUGGUUUGCUCAGAGCUGCAAGAGCUAUGCCAUCCUGUGUCCCAAUAAUCACCACCAUCCUCCUAUGAGCCCAGACUUCACGGUCUUCAUGAUCAAAUAUCUCAUGACCUUAAUUGUAGGCAUAACUUCAGGCUUCUGGAUCUGGUCUGGGAAGACACUCAAUUCCUGGAGAAAGUUUUAUACCAGACUCACCAACAGCAAGCAAGGGGAAACGACUGUGUGAAAUUCACACACCCAAUUAAGGAUAGCAGGCGAAAGGACCUUGCUAUCCCAGUCACAGAGGGAAGGGAGAUGCUCACACAACCAUUCCUUAGACUCUCUCUCUCCCUCCCCAACCUAUUCAGCCUACAAGGACCUGAAAGGAAAACAGGCUGGUGGAAGGACAAACCUUUUUCUUCCUCUCUUCAUUCAGCUGGGACUAGCUUACUAAAAAGUUGGGAAUGUGGCUUUGAGAUUGUUGUAAAUAGCCUCUGUAAGAUUUUGUAAGUAUAUUUGUAUUUAAAUUGCAAAGUUCUCUUUCAUAAUUAUUUAGAACUUUUUUAACCCAUUUGCAGACUUUUUAAAAAAGAGAACGUUCCAUUUUUUAAAAAAGUGAGAGAUGGAAACAUAGGAACCAAAACAGUCCCUUUUUUUCUUCAGCCCACUUGUUGCUUUUCAAAUCAAUGGGUCCCAAAUCAAGACUGACUUUAUUUCCCAAGUGUUUGUAAUACCCAAAUAAUUUACAAGAUGCCCCACUGAUUACAGCAGAACAAAUGAUCUUUGGGAAGUUGCAGACACUUGAUCUCUAUCUGCUCCAUAACAGAUACAAGCAAAGAAUGGAAGAGGCUAAGCCUUCUCUUUCUCUGUAUGGCCUGGAGAAAUAAAGGAGGAAGCAGUUUUACCUGUUCUGGCUUCUCUGUGGGAGGGGCCUGGGGGGGAAGGGAAACAUAUCCUAGUCAGUUGCAUUCCUAGUAGUCCUUGCCUAAGAAAACUUUCGAUAGGCAAACUCUUGGUGAGAAACAGUCUCCCAAGCCCUAACUAAAGGUGUGACCAGUUUUAAGACGCAUGAAAUUGAAAGGUUAUGAAUAAAUGCUUCUCCCGAGCUGAAUCUGUACAGUGUGUCUGAUAGUUUUAAGAACUGUCACAGAAGCCUAACUUUUCUCUUAAUUUUGCAGAUUAUACCAUUUGCUUUUAAGCCACGGAACAGUAGUUCUUCCCUUUUGCAUUUUGUUUGGUUGUCAUUUCUGUUCUGUAGCUGGAUAGAAGGGAAGCUUGCAUGUCUUCAUAGUGAUUUGGUGUUCUGUUUCUUAACAGAAUGCUUUUGCAGUUUUGCUGCAGGAGAGCUAUGAAGGACUACUGAAGUGGUUUUAUGGAUAAGCUCAACAUGGCCAAGAAUAAGGAGGGGGGGAAAGGUCUCAGCAAGUUGGUUUAUUCAGACUUUCAAAGUAUUUGUAGCAUUUUCAUUUAUAGAUAUCUUUAUGAGCUGUUGGGGCUUAAUUCCUUCCUGUUAAUAGUGAUUGAAAAGCAUAAUAAUUUAUGACACCAGUUAAAAGAAAUAUAAACUGAAUGAGAGGCUGUGAGGCCCAAAGAAUCUACAAGCUUGACAUUUCAGUGUACUAAUUUAUAUUUAAAGCUAAGAGAACCCAAAUGUGAGGUCUGCGCUCUCUCGCUCUCUCUAAACUGUUACAGGUCCUAUUUCCUUAUCAGGUUUAUAAAGAUGCAUCAAAUUUAACUGGCAAACGCAUUUUAAUAUUUAAUCCUUUGUAUGGCAAAACAGACUUGCUGCUUUUCUGAUUGUACUGUUUCAGACUUUUUAUAUAAGCACCUGUCAAAUAUUAUCGACUUACCAUACCCUAGAAUGCAUAACAGUGUGAAUUUGAUAUGCGUUUCUUUCUGUUCACUAUCAAAAUCAUUUAUAUUUAUAGAGGAAUAGAAAGUUAUAUAUAUAAAUAUAUAUAUAAAAUACAUAUUUUUAAUUUCUUUGAAAUAAAUUGAGGUUUUGUACAAAA